GCUUGAUUGUCUGUUUACGGAUUCAACCUGCAACUAAUUGGCAAUUUCCACAAAACUAAACAGUUGUUUCAUUCAUUUAAAUUUCCCCGAAAUGCGUCUCAGUGAUUUACCAGACCAAGCGGAAUCAGAAUGAACAAACCAAAGAUUGUAAGACCAGAAGUAAGUCAGCCGGCACAUGCGCUGUGGUUCGACAGGAAGAAAUACGUCACCGUUAACUUUGCUGUUCAAAAGCCGACAGAUGUCCAAGUGGACAUCCAGCCAGACAAAAUGAUUUUGUGCUGCAAAAAUGACACAGAUGACGUCUUCUACAAUGAACUACACUUUUAUGACAAAGUCCAAAUCCAUGACUCCAGAGAGACAGUGCAUGAACGCACCAUCAACGUCUUGCUCAGAAAGGUGAAACCAGACGUUGCAUGGCCUCGUCUCCAGAAGGACCCUGCAAAGCCCAGCUGGAUUUCCGUAGACUUUGAUAAUUGGAGAGACUGGGAGCACGAGGAAGACGAGGGAAAGGCAGAGUAUGACCAGUACAUGGAUAUGAUUCAAGAAAUGGCCAGUGAAAACAAAGGAGCCAUACCGGACAUGGGGGACCUCAGUGAUUCUGACUAACACAGAUGGCUCUUCAGGAUGGUUUUUGGAGACUGAUUUUCCAAAACAGCCCUGGAUUUUAAAUACUGUGAAAAUGCUUGUGAGAAUUGUUGUGAAAUUGUGUUACAUGCUUUUUUAUAUAUAAAUUAUUCCAUACGUGCUUA